UAGCGCUCACUCGCGAAGCGGGUUUCUCCUUCAAGCCUAGGGUUUUUGUUGAGCGGCUCCUCCUUUUCCAACUUCCGAAGCCCCCGCCGAAGUCGAAGAACCCGUUCUCUCUGCAAACAUGGGGAAGACACGUGGUAUGGGAGCUGGUCGCAAGCUCAAAUCCCACCGUAGAAGGCAAAGGUGGGCUGACAAGGCUUAUAAGAAGUCUCACCUUGGUAAUGAAUGGAAGAAGCCAUUUGCCGGUUCUUCUCAUGCAAAAGGAAUUGUUUUGGAAAAGAUUGGUAUUGAGGCUAAGCAGCCAAAUUCUGCCAUCAGAAAAUGUGCUAGGGUUCAACUGAUCAAAAAUGGAAAGAAAAUUGCCGCAUUUGUGCCUAAUGAGAUAUAUGGUUGUCUUAACCAAAUUGAGGAGAAUGAUGAAGUAUUGAUUGCCGGAUUCGGUCGUAAAGGACAUGCCGUCGGAGAUAUUCCUGGUGUUAGAUUCAAGGUUGUGAAGGUUUCCGGGGUGUCUCUCCUUGCACUAUUCAAGGAAAAGAAGGAGAAGCCAAGGUCUUAAGUUUGGGCAGAGUUUAUUAUCUUCUUACAGUUUUCUAUCGAUAAUUUUAGAGUAUUUUCAGAUCUUGAUUGCUUGUUUUGGACUAUCAUGUAGUUAUUGCAACCUUUUUGCAGUCUGUUUUUGACAUUUUAGAAUUCCCUACCAUUUUGCUCUCAGAAACUAUUCGACCGUUUAUUAUAAUAUCAAACAACCAUGUUGAGCUUUGAUUUAAUCA